AUGUCAGACAGGGCAGUGGCUGACACUCGGAGCCUUAACUUGAAGCCCCAGGACCUGACUGACGCUUACGGGCCGCCUAGUAACUUCCUGGAGAUAGACAUCUUUAAUCCACAAGUGGGCGUGGGCCGCGCGCGCUUCACCACCUAUGAGGUUCGCAUGCGGACAAACCUCCCCAUCUUCAAACUGAAAGAAUCCUGUGUACGGCGACGCUAUAGUGACUUUGAGUGGCUGAAAAAUGAGCUGGAGCGAGAUAGUAAGAUCGUAGUACCACCACUGCCUGGGAAAGCUUUGAAGCGGCAGCUCCCUUUCCGAGGAGAUGAAGGGAUCUUUGAGGAAUCUUUCAUUGAAGAAAGGAGGCAAGGCCUCGAACAGUUUAUUAACAAAAUUGCUGGGCACCCGUUGGCUCAGAAUGAACGCUGUCUACACAUGUUCCUGCAGGAGGAGGCAAUUGAUAGGAACUACGUCCCUGGGAAGGUCCUCGGGUUACACUGGCUGCUCUCCAUGAGGUAAACUUGCAGAGUCUAUAAUUAAAUAGACAAAAGCAUGUCAGCGAGUUCACAAGGUCAAUGCUACAGUACAAGAUGGAGUCAAGAUCACAGAAUGACAUCACCACUGUCAUCUUUAUUUCAUGAAGUAUGAACAAAUCAGUAGAGAUCCUAUUGUCACAGUCCAGCUUUGACACGACUGGGUCUGACGUAGGAGGUGCAGGAUCGGCAGAACAUAUGGAUGCAAGAACCUUCUUGAUAGUUCAGACAAGUUCUCUCUACUUUAUCCCCACUCCCACCCCCUGCUUAUACUCCUCAGCAAAAUCUCUCAAGCAGUAUAAAAAUUCCAGUGUGGUUAUAUUCUAUUUUUCUUUAAGUGAAUGAUUACAAUGAGUUCCCCAAUACCUUUAUGUAAUUAAAUGUUUUACAUAUAACAGGUGACAAAAAUAUUCCUAAGAACCCACAUACAUUCGUAUCUAAGCAACUUGUUAUAGAUUAAUAAAGAAAUCAAGUAAAACAUU